CGCUCGCCAACCCGGCACCGGCCGCCGCGCCUCUGCUUGCCUUGCCUCUGUUGUCCAAGAACUAGAUGAGAUUGGAACUGCAAGCUUCUGUCCAAGAACUGGAUGAGAUCCGCUCCUUCUCAGAUUGGAACUGCAAGCUUUCCGUCCCCGCACCCGCCGCCACCAACGAUUGCAGGUUCAGAUUUCGCCUGCUUUCUUUCUUUCCAGGGGAUUUGAUUGGAUGGCGGCCUAGUGCUCCUAUGAUUCAUUCUCUUGUUCACUAGAAACUCAGGCGUGGCAGUCUAGAUGCAACUCAUGAAUCUAUAUUUCUGUAUUUCUUACUUUUGCUCUAUUGCUUGCACUUUUAUUACAUGGCAUUUCUAUUACUGUAUUGUUCCAGUAAUGUCUACAUUUAUAGUAGAUUACAGUAAUCUGUUACAUUUAAUUAUUUUUUGAACAACAGAUUUGGUAUUUGAUGGAUGAAUCCCCGAUCUUAUCUCCUGACUGAUUGGCCUUGGCCAUCUCCCCCGGGCACAAUGAAGGGCUCCAUGCAAGCCGAAGCCAAGAGCCUAUUACUCCUCUGCCACCUUAUAUUGAUCCGUGUCCUUCCCCAUCGUACCCUGAAAGUCCCUACUUUGCUUGUGAGGAACGUGUGGGCUCCCCACGAGCACCCACUUCCCCAACAACAAUGGGCACGAGUUCAUUUGCUGAUUUUGAAGAAGACGUUGAAAUAGAUGGUGCCGAUGGUAACAACAAUAGUGACCAACCUGAGACUCAUGGGGCUAAUGUAUCUAUGGCUGCAACUAUUGCAAGAGCAACAAAAAGGUUCAGAUCUCAAUGCUGGAAGGAGUAUGUUCCAAUACUCGAGGAUGGAGUGGUGGUUCAAGGAAAGUGCAAACAUUGUGAGGAUAUUAUUGGUGCAAAGCGUGGUUCAGGAACAAGCGCGCUUCUAACCCAUUUGAGGAGAUGUAGGAAACAGAGUAGGGCUCUCAGGAUAGUAGAAGACUUGAGCUCUACAUUGAGGUCUCCUUGUGGAAGUCGUUUAAAGGAUUGGAGCUAUGAUCCAGAUGUUUCACGAUAUCAUCUGAUGCGGAUGAUAUCCUUGCAUGGGCUUCCCUUCCUGGUUACGGAGUAUGAUGGACUUAGGAGCUUUGUUGAAAGCCUGAACCCAUUGUUUAAGAUGCCUUGCAGGACAACAGCUAGGAAUGGAUGCAUGAAAGCUUUUCAAGAGAUGAAAGCUGAGCUUAAGGAUAUAUUCAAGAAUGAAAAUUGUAGGUUCUCUUUGACAGCGGACAUGUGGACUAGCAAUCAAACCCUAGGCUACAUCGUUGUUACAUGUCAUUUCGUUGAUGCUAAUUGGAAACUACAGAAAAGGAUAAUCAAGUUUCUAGAUGUGAAGACACCGCACACUGGAAUGGAGUUAUUCAACCAGAUCCUCAACUGUGUUCAAGAUUGGUCAAUUGAAGACAAGCUGUUUGGGAUCACACUUGAUAAUGCUGCAGCAAACAAUACAAUGGCUGCCCUGUUGAAGAAAAAUCUUGUGGAUAAGAAAUAUAUACCAGCAGAUGGAGAUUUGCUUCACCAUCGGUGUGCUGGACAUGUCUUCAAUCUCAUUGUUAAGGAUGGGCUUACGUUUGUGGAACCAAUUGUUGAGGACAUUCGUGAGAGUAUCAAGUACAUUCGCUCUUCACAGUCUAGAAAACAAAUGUUCAAGGAAAUAGUUGCACGGUUAGGCAUUACAUCUAAGAAGAAGCCAGGCCUUGACGUGACCACACGUUGGAACUCAACGCUGUCAAUGCUUGAAGCAGCCAUUAAGUUUAGGGCAGCAUUUGACACACUAAAAUCAGAGGACCAAAAAUACACUUAUGCACCCUCUGCUGAACAAUGGACAAGAGCUGAAGUACUUUGUAAGGUGUUGGCAGUCUUCAAAGAUGCAACUGAAGUCAUCUCAGGCAUAGAAUACCCUACCUCAAACCUCUAUUUCCAUCACAUGUGGAAGAUCAAGCUAACUUUGGAACAAGAUUCAAACAUAGAACUUGCUGAAAUUGCCAAUGUAUUGGAAGGGAUGAAGAAGAAAUUCAAGAAGUAUUGGAGAAUAUCAUAUAUACUGCUAGCUGUCCCUAUGGUUUUUGACCCAAGGUUUAAGCUUAAGUUUCUUGAAUUUCUUUUUACCAAGUCCUAUCCUAACACUGGCAAGCAAAAGAUUGAUGAAGUGAAAAAACUUGUGCUUGGGUUAUUUUCAUCAUAUUCAACUCAGCAAGCAGAGCAGCAAGUAAAGCAAGCUGAAAAUGCUGAAAAGAGUUCAGUAGGGGAAGAUGUAUGGACUGCAUGGGAUCAGCAACUUCUCAAUGACCGUGAAACUCAUAUGGCCACAGAGCUUGAUAGAUAUUUGGAGGAGAGUCCAAUCCCACGGUCAGAAGAAUUCGAUAUAUUGAAGUGGUGGAUGGGCAACUCACUGAAGUAUCCAACUCUUGCUCGCAUAGCACGGGAUUUGCUAGCUGUUCCAGCUUCCGCUGUAGCAUCUGAGUCAGCUUUUAGCACAGGAAAAAAAUUAUCAGUGACCAUCGCAGCAGCUUAGCCCCCGAGAUGGUUGAAGCACUAAUAUGCACUCAGGAUUGGUACCGGGCAGCAGCAGGUACCAACACUGAAGAGUGAAGAUGCUGACUUAGUUCAGAUCCCUCAAGAGUGAAGAUGAAGGCUAGUGAGAGCUUCCUGAACCAACACUGAAGAGUGAAGAUGAACUGGAAAAACAAGAGGAACAGACAGAGACAGCAGGAAGUGGAAGGAGAAAUAAAAAUUUCUCAUCAGACAUUAUUAAGUUAUCCUUUGGAAUAAUGAGACGUUGAUAUCAAUACGUUGCAUAGUUGUUUAGACCCUUAUGAUGACUCUACGAGCUAUCUUUA